AUGGAUCUGGAAUCAGAGAUCAUUCAACUGGUACGGCAAAACAUAAGACCAAAAUUUCCUUCUUUGAAUGAUGAACAACAAGCAAGAUUGGACAAUGCACUGAAGUAUGAUGUGAACUACGAUAUAUUGAAGAAAGAGCUAGUCGAAUAUAUAGAUGAUUGGAAACGAAAUGAAUACUAUGAUGUCUUGACAAAUAUCGGUGAUUUACAACGUCUAGAUUUGGGAAAUAUGUUGAACGGAGAUGGAGUUAGUUUUCCCAAGUUACACAGUGAUCUAGCCAACCUACCUAGAUUCAGACUUAUCGAUAAUGAAAAUGAAAUGGAUCAAAGUCUCCUACAUAAGUAUGACUCUUUAAGGACAAGACUAAUCGAAAAAUGCAGAGCCAUUGAGCUUAUACGAAGUGCAACAAAUACUGAUGUUAAUUACCAGGAUAUCAAUUCCAUGUUAUCCGUUGUGGAACUGAGACAAUGGCGAGAUGAGAUCCAAAUGGAAUGGAAAGAACUGGCUCAAAAUCUCGAAUUAAUUUUGAAAACUUGGCCUGAUUUAACAGAAGAAAAGCGAUCCAAACUCUUACAGCUAAUCGACUCUAGUUCAUUGAAAUCGAUAUUGCACAUCAAAGAUAAUAUCGAAUGA